AUGGCUACGGCAGCAUCACAACAAUCACCUUCGAUGGUCCGGAGCCACUCAUCCUCUCGCAAUCCUCCCUCUGCGUACGCCCCCGUUUCCCCUGCACAACCUUCUCGAGCUCGUUCGACAAACCAGCGAUCCUCUCACCAUCACCGCUCGGGCUCACGUACCUAUGAAUCCAACCCCCCACAAUCUAAUCCUACAGCCCUUACCAAUGUUGCUCGCCGAGACUUGGAACAGUCCAAUAUCGCUCGACAACCCUCUACGUCUCGCCGAAGUUCGCGCGAUGGCAGAGGUGACCACAAUGAAGGUCACUCGUCCUCCCGACCAGGAUCAAGACGCGGUAGCCAGGACUUCAGUGCGCCAGCGCCAACACCGCCAGUAACAAACGGAACUUCUCCCCAUUCACCGCCAAGUGCAAGAUCAGAGAGUGAUAGACAUACUUCUCAAACAUACCCUACAGCCGGCCGUAGGAGAACCUCCAUUACUGCGCAGACAGGUACAUGGACAUUGGGGAAGACUAUUGGGCAAGGGAGUAUGGGCAAAGUCAAGUUGGCCAGAAACAUCGAAACUGGCGAACAGGCUGCAAUUAAGAUUGUUCCAAGGCAGACAGCUGAUGAACAUGGAAACAUCAAGGACGAACGUGCUGACCGAUCCAAAGAGAUUCGGACCGCGAGAGAGGCUGCUAUGGUCUCGCUGCUAUCUCACCCCUACAUCUGCGGAAUGAUCGACGUCCAACGGACCAAUUACCACUGGUACAUGCUAUUUGAGUAUGUCAAUGGAGGACAAAUGUUGGAUUAUAUUAUUGCUCAUGGCCGAUUGAAAGAGAAGCAAGCGAGAAAGUUUGCCCGUCAGAUUGCAAGUGCUUUGGACUACUGUCACAGAAACAGUAUCGUUCACCGUGAUUUGAAAAUCGAAAACAUCCUCAUCAGCAAGACUGGCGACAUCAAAAUCAUUGACUUUGGUCUGAGCAAUCUUUACUCCCCUCGGAGCUUGCUCAAAACUUUCUGCGGGAGUUUGUACUUUGCCGCCCCGGAGCUCCUCCAGGCUCGCCAGUAUACUGGUCCAGAGGUUGAUAUUUGGAGUUUUGGAAUUGUAUUGUAUGUGCUUGUUUGCGGAAAGGUUCCCUUUGAUGAUCAGAGCAUGCCUCAAUUGCAUGCCAAAAUAAAACGUGGUGUGGUUGACUAUCCCCAAUGGCUCACUGCUGAAUGCAGGAGCAUUAUCUCAAGAAUGCUAGUUGUCGACCCUCGUGACCGUGCUACCCUUCAAGAGAUCAUGAACCACCCAUGGAUGACCAAAGGUUUCAAUUCUUCACCAGACAAUUGCCUCCCACAGAGGGAAGCGCUGACGCUCCCACUGGAUCCCGAAGUUAUUGACAAGAUGCAAGGCUUUGAUUUUGGGUCGGCAGCAUACAUUACUGAGCAGCUCACUCGUACCAUCGAAUCCGAGGAGUAUCAAACUGCUAUUCGAAAGUCGACACGUGAAGAUUUCAGUCACAGUUCUGCCAGUGCAGAGAAGAAGCGCGGUGUCUUUGAUUUCUACAGGCGGAGAAAUUCCAUCAGUCGAGAGGGCCUUACCACUCCGUCAGCCGAACAAGUUCGCGGAUUUGACCCUCUCAACGCCUACAGCCCAUUAAUCUCGGUCUACUAUCUAGCCCGUGAAAAGCGGGACCGCGAGAGGAGAGAGCAGAACCCAGGCGCACUUUCCUUGCCGGUGACUCCAGGCGAGCAACCUCUGAAAUUACCCGGUCUUCCGUCCCCCGAACCAGCGCAUACCAACACAUUUGCUCCCGAAAUUCCUGGCGAGAAGGCCACCGGUGGCCGAGCUAGACCGAGAGCACGGACGAAUGGUGAAGAUGACGUGGUACACGGCAUCAAGAAUGUCGAAAUCGGCGAGAAACGACCUGGACCUGGUGGGCAUUCGCCUCAGAUCCCCCCUGAGCCUCAAAAGAGAGAGGGCACUGCACUAGGGCUGCUUAGAAGGUUCAGCACAAGAAGAUAUCGUGAGCGAGAGUCGGAUCGACCAACUCCCCCUGCUCUUAAUAUCCAACCUCCUCAAGAUUCAGCUGCGGCUCCUCGAAAAUCCUUUUCUGUCCGUCGCUCUCGUACUAGACGGGAUCCAAGCCCCUCGACGCACCACGCAGGGGGAAGCCAGCCUCAACAUGAGGGACUUCUCAGUGCCAGUGGAGGAUUCAGUAAAGCUGGUAAAUUUCUGGGCAGAUCCACCAGCGUCAAUUCGGCCGACUACCGACCGCGGCGGCUGCUACAACGAGGUGCGACUAGCAACGAAUCACCAUUGCUUGUACCUGAGCCGCCUGCGACCAGUGGAUCGGAUCAAUCAAGUGUGAAUGCAGGCAAACCCGACAGGAGUGUGGAACUACAAGACCGACCUGCACCUAACAACAGUCCUCUGGCUACACCUCGUACGCCCAAUACAGCUCGUACCAAAUCCUUGGGCCACGCACGACAAGAAAGCAUUCAGGCAAGGAGGAAACGAUAUGAAGAGCGACGGGAUCGACACGCCAACGUACCGGAAGAAACUGAUGCAGAUAUGAAAGACGACACGGACGCGUUGGAUACUCCCGCUUUGCCUGAGACCCCUGGCACGGAAAUAUCCAAACCUGCGGGGCUCAAAGGACUGUUUUCAACAUCUACAACCAGCAGCAAGCCUCCGCAGUUUAUUCGGCAAGACAUUAUCCGGGUUCUGAACCAACUAGGUGUCCAGUAUACCGUGAUCCGAGGCGGCUUCUCUUGCCGACAUGCACCGAGCAUCAAUCUCGAAGGAGUGAAAGAACCAGCUGAUGAAGAGCGGAGUGGCCGUGUGGUGUCAGGGCACCAGAGGAGGAUCUCAUUCGGAGGGGCUUUCCGUGGAAAGGACCGAGAGGACAUUAGGGAUGAUCGAGAAAGAGAUCGAGAAAGGCUUACGAAACACCACACACGCAGAAGGCAACCCGAUCAAAGUUUUGUGACCAACUCUGAAGGCUCUGAUGAAUAUCUCCAGCACGGACGGAGCCCUAAUGAACAGGGACACGAUGGAGGGGCCACGAGAACACGCGUGCAGGACGACACGGGUGAGCGGCUGGUGCUCAAGUUUGAGAUUGCGAUCGUGAAGAUUCCUCUCCUUUCGUUGCAUGGAAUUCAAUUCAAGAAAGUGCAGGGAGGCAUGAAUCAAUAUCGAUCGAUGACCUCGGCGAUAUUGAAUUCAUUGCGGCUAUGA